GUAGGUGCUCGGCCUUCUUGCGAACCGUGUCGAACAUGUAUCGGUAGUGGAAGACACAGGAGCCUGACAGUUCUUCGAAUUUCACACGCACAAUUUCAUCCGUAUUAAAAUAUCACUCCAACAAACACUUCGUAUAUAAUAAAAAUGCCGUGGAAAGUUGAAUUCGAACGAAACGGAAAUGAUUUCAGGUGGAAAUUUCGAAACUGUAGCGGUAACGUGUGAGACAAGUUGGAAGGAAUGUGUAAUCGCGGUGGCAAAUUAUUUAUGGAGCGAAGUUGUAUCUGACGUGGUUGAUUAUUUAGCAAAAGAAGGAAUUAUAUGGGUUUUAGCGAUAGCCAUCGCUUCCACGGUGCUUAUCCGUAUAAAAUAUUGCAAAAAUGUGCGCACGAAGAAUGCUGUGUUUAAUAAACAAAUACUAAAUAAAGUCGGGUAUAAAAUUCAGGAUCUGGAAUUGAAAAUCAAUGUUUUAACAUACAAAAUGCAAUACGGAACGUGGCCGUUACCACAUCAAAUCUGUAAUUUGAAUCCCAAGUUCCGGAAGAUCAGAAUGACUUUAUCCAAUCCGGGUGACCGGAAUAAUUGGUUAAAACACGUGUUACUAAAUCCCUCAUCGGAGAGCAACGUGUAUGCUCCUUAUUUAAAACCGCCACGAUCAUCUGUAGCAAAACUGACGAAUUGUUUGGACGUAAAACAAGAAUGUGCCCCACAUGUUAAACACAGUGAAUUGUCAACAGCCUGCAGCAGCAUUGAAACUUUAAAAUCUACUAGUGACCAAUCUGUGAAUACAUAUACAUGGAGGCCACGUACAUACCCGCAAAAUAAGAGUACGAAGGAAAAGGUUUCGAGAAGCAAAGAUUUCACAUUGCAACGACGAAAUGUGCAGCUUCUACCAUUGAAUUCGAACGCGAUUAAUCGACAAUCUUCAAAAACGACGCCUCCCUUGACGCAGAACAGCGCGCACGCGACGAAUGUUAAAUACAAUCCAUGCCAGAAAUUCACGGAGACCGUCUAUGAAUGUAAGUCAUUUCUGAAGGAGUUGCAACGUAAGGAUAAACGUUCGCGUUCGUUGAAUCGCUCGUCUGAAAUGAGCAAAGCAUCCACUUUGAAAGCCGCACACGCAGCACAACGAUCGGCCCUGUCCACAACGGAAGAGCGAGAAACAUCCCGCGGCGCUUCCGCAGCAGCAAAACGAGAAGAAAUAAACGAGACGAAAUUCGUGGAACGGAUAAAAGAUAACGCGGUAGAAGGUACGAGCGAGGAAACAUAUCGUGAAAAUAAAGUGAAUCACGUAUCGAACGACGCUGUAGCUUUAAAGACCACCACCCACCCUGCACCCCCGAGAGAACUCGUCCCAAUUAUUCCGAUAAUGCGACCGGCGCGCAACAUGCAGCCCUCUCAGGAGACUUUAGUCGAGGUCAGAAGGACACUUCAGGGUUUGCAUGACGUGUUGCAAACGUAUCAAGACACGACGCGGUCCCCGGAAGGGCGGGAAUCGACGGAUCGGCAGAUCGACGAAGCAGACUCGUUUAUAACGUACCCGAUCGUGGACAUCUCGAGCAAAUACCUCGAGCUGAAGGAAAGUUUGUCCUCCCUAGCCGAGUAUUCGUCACACACGUCGAAAAUGUAUCGAUGUUCCAACGAAAAUGUCGCAUUGCGAAAUACUUGUAAAGGAAUUAGCCGGCACGAUAUACGGAGGUCAGUUAGGGGCAAUCCUCCAGCAAAGCCGUACUUGCGUUCCUGCAGCGCGAUGUCACAGACAUCGGGAAAUGAGCGUGAAGAAUGCGAAAAGGAUAUUUUCGAUUGCGGUCGUGACCACGUAUUAGAAUCGAGUCCCGAGGCCAAUAAAGAUGCAAUGAAAACAGAUACUCCAUUCAGUGCCCGCGACAACAUAUCUGAGGCGGACAGAAUAGUCUAUAUCUUAUCACCUGAAAGUAAGGAUACUCAAGACGGGGCAUCGUUAGAAAGACUCGCUACUGGAAAAUUUAGCAACACGUUCGACGAGGAACAAUACCGAGAGAACGUGACGAUAUCUCAAAAUAGCAGUCAAAGUAAGAUGUCGAUCGAUAGCAAUAACAGGCAAGAAAGAUCGACGGCACUGCUGCUUCAAGAGGCCCUGCAUUUCAAGAAUGCCUUAUUGACGCACUCGAGAAAAAGAAGUACUCGAUAGAUAAACAGGGCGAUACCGCGGAUGAAUCCUCGCUGGUGUCAAGCAACAAUUUUCCGUCGAUGAUAAUAGACAUCAAGGAGGACGAGCCGGCUGUC